AUGGUAUCUUUGCUUCAAACUUGCACCAUCUUCUUGUUACUUUGUAUUGUGGUGGACGGGCGGUUCUAUCGGAAUAUCCCCUUGCCCCGAACUCCACAACGCUUAAUAUCGAUAGAAGUGCCGGCCGAAGAACCACAAGUACUAUUCGAGCCAACACACAAAGUGCACAACCAUCUUGUCGCGUUAAGGCCGGAUUAUGCCAUCGUGAAGUUGGCCGGAGUGUUUAAGAGCAUCUUCGACCGACGGUCGGAUCCCAACAUGAUCAAUAAGGGUAUGUGUUGGGUUUUAUCAUAAAAUAUAUUUAAAAAAAUUUUUUUUUCACAAGGAAGGUGGCCAAACUGCCCUACUCAGAGUCAGUUUAAUGGUUUUAAAUUUUUUGAAGCUCCAGUAGCACAUUUAAAAGAGUUUAGCUUGGUUUUGUGUCCUCUGUUUAAAUAUUUAAGUUUACCGUCAAUUUGGCAACGUUGGCAUUGUGUUGCAAACACUUUUUUCGGCUUUUCAGAUCAGUCUACUUCAUAAAACCUAUAAACUUGUGUUUGCUCUUUUGAGUUUUAAAGUUUUUAUUUUUAAGUUUCCCGCCAAUUUGGCCACUUUGGCAUUGUGUUUUAAGUACUUGUUUUGACAUUCCAGACAAGCUACGCUUACUAAUUUAAAAAUUCAAGUUUAUCUAAAGAUUUUGAACUAGUAUAAAAAAGUUAAAAGUCAAAAAAUGACAAUGUUACAAGCUUGAAACACAAUGCCAAUUCAGCGGGGAAUUUAAAACCUAAAUUUUGUAUCUCGAUUUUCUCGAGCUCGACUGGAAAGUUUAAUUUAUUACUUUUCGGAAGGUCUUAUACCUAAAUGAUCAUUCUAUGUAAUAAAUUUGAAGUCAAUUGAAGCUAGGCGAGUCGAGCACCUUCCUUGUUAAUAAAAAAAAUCCAUUUUUUUCGAAAAUUAAACGUUUCGAAAUAAAAAAAAAUAUUUUUUAGAAAAAGCUGACAACUUUCUACGACAUCAGUUGCGGAACUCGUUGAACUGA